UCUCACUCCAAACCUCUAAGCCCCAUUAUUCUCUCACCCACCAUUUACCCAUGGCUAGUCCUACUCCUCCUAACUGCCCCGCCCCCAUGAAGGCCACCUCUAAUGGCGCCUUUCAAAAGGAAAACCCCCUCGACUAUGCUCUUCCCCUCCUCAUCCUCCAAAUAUGUCUCGUUGUUGCCUUUACUCGCUUCCUUGCCUUCCUUUUACGUCCCCUCCACCAGCCUCGUGUCAUUGCUGAAAUCAUUGGAGGAAUCAUAUUGGGACCUUCUGCAAUUGGUCGAAGCCACUCCUUCCUCCAUACCGUUUUCCCUAAGAAAAGCUCCACGGUUCUCGAGACCCUUGCCAAUGUCGGUCUUUUAUUCUUCUUGUUUCUUGUGGGUUUAGAGCUCGACAUGCGUUCUAUAAGACGAACAGGUCACAAGGCCCUAGGCAUUGCCAUUGCUGGCAUAUCCGUCCCUUUCAUUCUUGGCAUAGGUACCUCCUUUGUUCUUCGUGCUACCAUCUCCAAGGGCGUCGAGCCCACUGCCUUCCUUGUCUUCAUGGGAGUUGCUCUCUCCAUCACCGCCUUCCCUGUUCUAGCCCGUAUCCUGGCAGAGCUCAAACUCCUCACCACAGAUGUUGGACGCAUUGCCAUGGCUGCCGCCGCCGUCAAUGAUGUUGCCGCUUGGAUUCUCCUUGCUCUCGCAAUCGCCCUCUCUGGCUCCCAUACUUCUCCCCUCAUUUCUUUAUGGGUUUUAUUGUGUGGUGCCACUUUUAUCCUUUUUUGUGUCUUUGCAAUCAAACCUGUUCUCUUGAUUAUGGCUAAGCAUUCUCAUGAGGGCGAGCCCGUGAAAGAGCUUUACAUAUGUAUCACUUUGAUGAUUGUCUUAGCCUCUAGUUUUGCCACUGAUACUAUUGGCAUUCAUGCCCUGUUUGGGGCGUUUGUGAUUGGCAUCAUCAUGCCCAAAGAUGGUCCUUUUGCUGGGGUCUUAAUCGAGAGGCUUGAGGACAUCAUCUCUAGCCUUUUUCUACCACUCUAUUUUGUCUCUAGUGGGUUGAAGACAAAUGUGGCAACCAUAAGUGGAGGAACUUCAUGGGGCUUAUUAUUUUUAGUCAUAUUCACUGCUUGCUUUGGAAAGAUUGUUGGUACGAUUGUUGUGGCCCUUAUUUGUAGAAUGCCUUUCCGAGAAGCCCUUGCACUUGGUUUUCUUAUGAACACCAAAGGCUUAGUAGAGCUCAUUGUUCUCAACAUUGGCAAGGAUCGCAAGGUACUAAAUGACCAAACAUUUGCCAUAUGUGUAUUAAUGGCAUUGUUUACCACCUUUAUUACAACGCCAAUAGUGAUGGCCGUUUACAAGCCAGCUCGUAAGGGAGCACCUUACAAGCACAAAACAAUUCAACGUAAGGAUCAAGAUACAGAGUUACGAGUACUUGCUUGCUUCCAUAGCACACACAAUAUUCCUACUCUCAUUAACCUAAUAGAGUCAUCUCGUGGAACUCGAAAACGAGGGAAGCUUUGCAUAUAUGCGAUGCACUUGAUGGAGCUUUCGGAGCGAUCUUCAGCCAUCACAAUGGUCCAUAAGGCUCGCAAUAACGGCCUUCCUUUUUGGAAUAAGAUACAAGAGGAUAGAGACCAGAUGGUGAUUCCAUUUGAAGCCUAUGGGCAGUUAAGCAGCGUGAAUGUUCGUCCCAUGACUGCCAUCUCUGCACUUAGCACCAUCCACGAGGACAUAUGCACUAGCGCUCACCACAAGCGAGCAGCCAUGAUUAUCCUUCCUUUUCACAAGCACCAGCGAGCAGACGGGUCCAUGGAGUCACUCGGACAUUCAAUCCGCCUAGUGAACCAAAAUGUGCUCACGCAUGCUCCCUGCUCAGUAGGAAUUUUGGUGGAUCGAGGCCUUGGAGGGACGAGCCAAGUUCAAGCCAGUGAUGUAUCCUAUAAAGUAAUAUUACCUUUCUUUGGAGGGCGAGAUGACCGAGAAGCACUGGCCUACGGGAUGAGAAUGGCGGAGCACCCAGGAAUUUUGCUAACAGUGGUGAAGUUUGUGCCUUUACCAGGGAAGACAUUCACAUUUGGGGCAAAUUUGGUGGCCGUGACGGUAAACAAGGAUAAGAAAGUUAUAAAAGGGGCAGACAUUAGCUCGGAUUAUGACAAGCAAGAAGACGAUCAAGCAUGGUCAGAGUUUAUGAGUGCUCAAAGCUUAAACCAAGAGUCGAUGAGGUGUGAAGAGAGAUUAGUAGAAAGUAAAGGGGGAGUGAUAACAGCUCUAAAGGAAAUGAACAAGAGCAAUCUAGUAUUGGUGGGUAGAAUGCCUCCAGUGGCCCCAUUGGUGGAGAAUAGUGACUGUAAAGAGUUAGGUCCUAUUGGAAGUUACUUGGCAUCUUCAGACUUCUCUACCACCUCAUCAGUGGUGGUGAUUCAACAGUAUAAUCCUUCCAUAGAUGUUCAUCCCUUAGUGAUGGAGGUAUCUGAUUACCCAGAAGUUCCUGACACGCCAAGAUAUAUUGUGUAAAUCUCUUGCAUUCCCUAUUGCAUCAAUCGCUUCUUGAUAUUUCUCCCA